AUGCGAGUUGCAAGAGAGCAAGCGAGCAAGCAAGCAAGCAAGCGAGCGAGCAAUCAAGCAAUCAAUCAAGCAAUCAAGCAAUCAAGCAAGCAAGCAAGCGAGCGAGCAAUCAAGCAAUCAAUCAAGCAAUCAAGCAAUCAAGCAAGCGAGCAAGCGAGUAAGCAAGCAAGCGAGCGAGCAAGCAGGGGAGCGAGCGAGCAAGCAAGCAAGCGAGCGAGCGAGCAAGCAAGCAAGCAUUCAAGCGAGCGAGCGAGCGAGCAAGCAAGCAAGCAAGCGAGUUGCAAGAGAGCAAGCAAGCAAGCGAGCGAGCAAGCAAGCAAUCAAGCAAGCAUGCAAGCAAGCAAGCAAGCAAGCAAGCGAGCAAGCAAGCGGGCAAUCAAGCAAGCGAGCGAGCGAGCAAGCAAGCGGGCAAGCGGGCAAGCAAGCAAGAAUCCAGAGGGCAAGAUGUGGGUUAAUAUUCAUAUUAAGAGAGCAAGAGAGCAAGUGAGCAAGCGAGCAAGCAAGCGAGUUGCAAGAGAGCAAUCAAGCAAGCAAGCAAGCGAGUUGCAAGAGAGCGAGCGAGCAAGUGAACAAGCGAGCAAGCAAGCAAGCAAGCGAGCGAGCAAGCAAGCAAGCGAGCAAUCAAGCAAGAAGGCGAGCGAGCGAGCGAGCAAGCUAGCAAGCAAGCAAGCAAGCAAGUAA